AAAAACGAAAUGUAUCCGCGUUUUCUUAGACAUUAGAUCGCAUUUGCUUGUUACUGUAGGAUAGAAAGAAAACAUUCAUUUCCGUGUUCGUAAUGAAAAUAAUAAUCUGGUUGUGCCUGCUUGGCUGUAUGGCCUGUGCCAAUGGCGGUUUAGUCCCUGAUGUGAUAAAGGAUAAGUUACCUUUGGGACCUUUGGGACGAGCCGAUUCAGCGAACCCUCUCGAUGCAUUCACACAUCCAACGGAUCUUUUUGGCGGCUUAUGGGAAAAAUUAAAAGAGGGUUUUAUGGAAGUAAUGGAGCUUAUCACUGGCGGCGGUGGUGGAGCUGGUAACGGGGAGUCAUCGACCGAAUCUUCGCCUUCUGGAGAAGUAGCAACGGUCAAAACUUCAGCAGUUUUAACAACAGAGGCAUCAACUACUACUACUACUACUACCACAGAAGAAUCAACCACCAGUGCCAGUAAGAAAUAGUGCUUCAGCUCCAUGAGGAGAAAUUCUAUCGCUUAACCUUCGAAUCGGAUAUUGCUCGUCAUUGUUUGCUUCUCAGCUGCUUUAAAGCGGGUAUUUAAACAAUGGGAAUAAAAGUACAAGUAGCUGUCACCAUAUUUUACGCAGCUUGUGUUCAUUAUUUACGCAAAUGUUGGGGAACCUCGAACCAGGGCAAACCAUAUAAAGUUCUUCCCUCAUCAGUCGUUGAUUGACAAUGUCUCGGUUUAGUAAUACCUUUAUCAUCCUAUUCUUAACGAUCCAAAUGCUGGACUUUGUAUUGCCAGCACCCAUUGGGAUUAAUCUGGUGGAAACACCCAAUGAUCAUCUCGUAAGUUUUGAGAUGGUUGUCGAUCGACAAUCUGAUUUUAUGCUGCCCGACCUUGAGCUUCAAUUGCUCAAGACGCAACAACAGCAAGAUGAUGUGGAAGUUCUGCGCAUGCAAUUAAUGCAGUUGAACUUACUGAAGUUGUUAAUUGCCUUGGACCUUCUCAUCUUGAUAAGCAUUUAUUUCUGCGCCAGAGAAAAAAAAUAUAAACCAGUGCAAACCGUGUGAUAUGUAGAUUAUGA